UUCGUAUUAAUCUAUAUCCUCUUCUUUUUAAGCUGGAUGGCAGUGCACUUGGUAGUCUACUCAAGCGACUCAAAUGGGAACCGGCUCUCUAUACUCGCUUGAGGACUAAUAUGGGUUUUAAGGGUUGUGUAUUGGGCCUCCUUCGUUAUCUUCUUGUUAUUUUCGUGUUGUGUCGUGCUGCCUUAUUCCUGGGUGGGGUUAUUUUGGCUGUCCUAUUUUUUAUAAAUAUAUGGCGAAGGAGGCAUUUAUCUGAAUAUGGUAUAGUUGAAGAAUUUUUGCGAAGUCAUAAUAAUCUUAUGCCAGUUAGAUAUACUUAUUCAGAUAUCAAAAAGAUCACUAAUUGUUUCAAACACAAGUUGGGUGAAGGAGGUUAUGGCUCUGUAUAUAAAGGAAAACUUCGCAGUGGUUAUUUUGCAGCAAUAAAAAUGUUGGGUAAAUCUAAAGCUAAUGGUCAAGAAUUCAUUAAUGAAGUGGCUACAAUUGGAAGAAUUCACCAUGUUAAUGUAGUGAGGCUCAUUGGAUUUUGUGCUGAAGGAUCUAAACGAGCUCUUAUAUAUGAAUUUAUGCCUAAUGGAUCUCUAGAUAAAUACAUAUUUUCUCAAGAAGGUGGCAUCACAAUAAGCAUUGAGAAAAUGUAUGAUAUUUCUCUCGGAGUAGCUCGUGGCAUUGAAUAUCUACAUCGAGGUUGUAACAUGCAAAUUUUGCAUUUCGAUAUCAAACCACACAACAUUCUUCUUGAUGAAAAUUUCAUUCCAAAAGUUUCAGAUUUUGGAUUGGCAAAGUUAUAUCCAACAGAUAAUAGUAUUGUGUCUCUCACAGCAGCAAGAGGAACAAUAGGUUACAUGGCUCCGGAGUUGAUAUAUAAAAGUAUUGGAAGCAUCUCUUACAAAGCAGAUGUCUAUAGUUUUGGAAAGUUAUUGAUGGAAAUGGCUGGUAGAAGGAAGAAUUUCAAUGCAUCUGAUAAGCAUUGGAGCCAAAUAUACUAUCCUUCAUGGGUUUAUGACCAAUUCAAUGAAGGAAAGGACAUAGAAAUUGGAGAUGCAACAGAAGAGGAAAGGAAAAUAACAAAAAAGAUGAUUGUAGUAGCAUUGUGGUGUAUUCAAUUGAGGCCUAGUGAUCGUCCUUCAAUGCAUAAAGUUGUAGAAAUGCUUGAAAGUGAAAUUGAAUGCAUAGAAAUGCCUCCAAAACCUACUUUCUAUCCACAAGAGAUGCCAAAAGAAGAUUUUGAAAUCAAAGCAAGCAAAGAGUUAUCAAAUAUACCACAAAGUUAUUUAAAUUCUAUUAGUUGGAUGUUGAAUGGACGUUGAAUUGUGUAUUUUCAUAAAUAUUAGCCAUAGAAUUUUAUUAAAAAAUAAAAUUGUAUUUAUAUUUGAAUAGAGAAUGUUUAUGUCAAAAUUUUCUCAUAUAUAUGAACUUUUUUCUCUCUUCU